CAAUGUAAAAACAUAGAGUUCAACUGGUCUUAACUAUUCAGAGGUUUAAUACUUAUCUAUCCUGUUCAUCCACAUCAUCUAAUUGGUUUCAUGUAGUGUGUCUUCACAUUUUCAUCCUAUCAGAGGGAUCCUGAACAUAAAGACCCCAUUAUGAUGAACGAUCCUCGGCUCAGCUAAUGCUAACCUUCUGUUUAACACCUUGCGGGUCACAGCACCCAAACAGAGAUUAAUCUGAAAGUUAUUUCACCCCUGCUGUGAUAUCCAGUCCAGAGAUCAUCCAAGCGAGGACCUGUGAAGCUCGGCCACAGCAGUUGUGCAUCUCCUUCGGCACAAAGAGAGAAGAAUUCUGCAGUAAUGCUAUACGCAUUGUCACUGAAGAUGAGCCAUGCAGAACUUGGAAAUGGAAAUGAGGAGUCUUUUCAGCCAACAGAUAUUAUGAGAGAUGGCAAAUGAUGAACUUCUUCUGAGCUUCCAAUGGAACUACAAAGGAAGAGAAGAAUAGUUCGGCCUGCAGGUCCCCCGGAUGGAGGCUAUGGCUGGUUCAUUGUGCUUUCCACCUUCCUUGUCUUUGGGUUGACAUUUGGUGUAAUCAAGUCCUUUGGUGUGUUCUUCGUAGAAAUACACCACUACUUUGCAACCACAGCGACUGCAAGCUCAUGGAUCACAUCCAUCUCUGUGGCAACAGUACAUUUUGGGGCCCCCGUAGGCUCUGCAUUGAGCACGUACUUCGGCCAUCGGCCAGUGGUCAUGGCGGGGGGUCUGCUGAGCAGCAUUGGGAUGGUGGCCGGGUCAUAUGCCCAGGAUCUGCUACAGCUGUACAUCACUGUGGGGUUCCUUACAGGAUUUGGCUAUGCCCUGACCUGGACCCCUACUGUCACCAUGCUGGGCUGGUACUUUGAAAAGCGACGGCCAGUGGCCAACGCUCUGGCUAGCACAGGAGAGUGCCUCCUCACCUUUGUCCUGACUCCAUCCUUCCAGUUCAUGGUGGAUCAGUAUUCCUGGAGGGGAGCGAUGUUGAUCCUGGGAGCUCUGCAGCUCAACUUGUGUUUGUGCGGAGCUCUUCUGAGACCACUCAACAGACAUGUUCCUUCUAAAGAACUGGUAGAGGAGAAAGAUCAUGAGCUGGAACUGUUAUCUCAAUCUCACACAGACUCGCACAGAAGUUCAAAAAACAGGUCAGACUCAAAAAAAUCAGAUCAACUGAAGGUCAAAAUCAUAACUUACGUGGACUACACGCUUAUCGCUGACGCUCGCUUCAUGGUCUACUCAAUGUUUGGUGUCUUUGCUGCUCUUGGCUUCUUCGCUCCAUCUCUCUUUCUGGUACCAUACGCCCGCAGUCAAGGAGUGGAGGAGUACCAGGCAGCCGCUCUCAUGUCCAUCUCUGCGUUGCUGGACCUGUUUGGCCGGGUGCUCUUCGGGUGGGUGGCUAAUCUGCGGCUGGUAAAGACAGUCCAUCAGCUGAUUGUCACAGUGAUUUUGUUGGGCAUUGUUCUGUUGCUCUGCCCACUAGCAACCACAUUCACCCAGCUGGCGCUGUUCAGUGCGGGUUACGGACUUGUGUUCGGCGCGACCGUGGCCAUUCACAUCACAGUACUCGCGGAAGUGGUGGGGGUGGAGAGGCUCGGGAGCGCUCUGGGUUUCUUCAUGCUCAUCCGCAGCAGUGGUGGCCUUCUUGGACCACCUUUGGCAGGAAUCUUCAUAGACAAAAUGAAUGACUAUGGUGCUGGUUUCCUGAUGGCGGGCGUGGCUCUUCUCGUCUCCGCCUUGUUUUUGCUUGUGUUACAUCAGAUGAACAAAAAAGGGAUGGAAAUGGGAAAAGAUAUCCACUUGGAGAACAGGAAAGGUUCCAAAGAUCUGAAAAACAAGAAUUCCAAUUUUGGAAAAAGUUAGUAAGAGGAGGCUUUAGCGUAAUGUGCAUUUAGGGGUCGCAUACAGCUGACAUUUAUUUUGCAGUGUCAUGUUACUGUGGACAAAUAUGAUGCAUUCAAGUUUCACCACACAUGCAGUAGUUAUGAUUAGAGAUGACUGUCAUAAGUGAUAGGUGUAGACUGAUAACAUGGCCUCAUGGUGCUGACAUGCAUUGUCGAAACUCUCACUCUUAAUGACGCUGAGUGAACAGACCUUUCUCACCUAAAUGAAACAUUCUGGGAAGUCUUCUAAUGUAGUCCUAUAAUGAUGCCAUUGUAAGCAAUAUUUCAUUAGAUCUAUUGCUCCAGUAAGUGUGGAAAAUGGACAGUGCCUUAAUGGACUAAUGGAAGCUGACUCAUGGUUUAGCUACAGCCAAAGAUGAUCACAUGCAGUCAAAAAUAAUAUCUGGAAUUUCUUUUGUAUAACAAUAUGAAGAAUGUAUUUUGGUCUGUUUGCCUAAAAUUACACAAAUUAAAAUUUGGGAUUGAAA